UAAAAUAUGGUAUUACAUACUUGAUUAAAACUGUAAUUUAAUACUCUGAACAUUUGUAAUUUCCUUCCACGAAUAUCUUGUGGAAUAAAAGAAGAAAAAACACAAAUACCAAACAAUUUGUAAUUAGAAAACAGUAUUCAUGCAUGAAACAAAGUUAAAAUAAUCCAGUAAAGAAAUUUGCUCUCUUUAGAUCUUUUCAUCUAUUUCUAUUCAAAACUUUUUAUUAUUAUAAAGAAGAGAUCAUAAAAAUAAAAACCAUUGAGUUUGUCACUGUUCAAAAAUAGAGUAUAUUAUAUUAAAAAGGAAAAAAAAUACAAUAACUAUCAUCCAUGUUUUUAUCUAUUGAAAUUCGCUUGGUGAUUGAUAGUUUCGCAUUCAAAGGCUUAUUUACUAAUUCAAGUAUGAAAUGUUAAAUUUUGUAACAGAGAAAAACACUAGUUUUUUUUUAAUUUCAUUUUUAGGAGAAAGAGAUAGAUAUAAUAUUUUUUAUUAAUAAUACCGUCACAUGUACGGAAUGAUCUACUACAACAUUUGUACAAAAGCAUAAAAUAAACAUUAAGUUAUAAAGUCAAUAGAUAAUUGAUGAUAAGAUGAAUCUAUUUUCUUUUAAUUAUACAUACGAUUCCUCUAAUGUUUUUAAAAUAAGGGAAAUUUAAUUUAUUCGCAGCUGUUUCCCUAGUCAAUAAUCUAAUACGUCUAAAGAGUUUUUUUUCUACUUUUCUUUAAGACAACUUGUUAAGGAAUUAAUUGAAGAUGGCAUGAAAAUAUGCAUGUAUGGGUAUUCAAUAGCUUUUCUCUCUCCUCUCUCUCUCUCUCGCUCUUUCUCCCUCUUCCUCUCCCUUUUUCUUUUUGGCGAUGUAAGGGAACCGAUUAUUUUUUUAACCUUUUACCAAGAUUCCUAGUUGUAUUGUUAAACAAUCCUCAAUCGAACUUUGAAGAAAUUCUCUGUCCGAAAGCCUUUAAUCUAAACGAAAGUAGGCAUUUAAGACAUAAGAAAAAAUAAAUAUUAUAAGCAUAGUAGCCGAGUUUGCCUAAGAUAAGAUUAUCGAAGAAAAGCGAUGAAUAUUUAUGAGGCUAGUAAAUUUGCAACGUGCGGUCUAACUCUAAACGGGUUGAUUCCGAAAAUGAAAUAGCCUUCAAAGGGAGUAGGGGGCGGGGUCGGAGGUGGAGUAGAUGCGUAGUGUAAAAGGAAUACUUGACUUCUUUUUACGUUCAGUCUUGUCUUGUCUUUCCAAGUAAAAUAAAUACAAGAUAAUUGCCUACGUGCUCCUUGCAAAAAUUUCGAUUUUUUAUUUCUUUGCGAGGAAAAAGUAGCACCUGUCAUGAAUUGCGUUAGAGACAGAUUAGAUAUGAACGUCUGGCUGUUCUAAUUAGACGCCCUAAGGCUAUCUUAAAGUCCCUUUUAUUCCAGUUAGACCUUACGACCUUCGCUUUACACUACUUUUAUAGAAAAUAUAAUAAAAUGUUCUUUACAGAUGCAAAACGCUACGGGAAAUAAUAAUACACAUAAUAAUGCGAGUGAUGUUGCCUAUGAAACGCUUCUCCGCGUCUUCGUACCGAUAUCCUUUAUCAUAACGCUCAUCGUAGGCUUAAUUGGAAAUUCUUUAGUUAUUUUUGUAAUAGCUACGAAUAAACAAAUGAGGAACACAACAAAUCUGCUCAUAUUGAAUUUGUCACUUGCCGAUCUCAUCUUCCUUAUUUUCUGUAUUCCAGCCAAUAUGGUUAGCGUUUACAUUUUACAUGAAUGGGUUGCAGGAACUUUUAUGUGCCGAUUACACCUUGCUUUUCAAUUCAUAACUGUCUAUAUUAGCAUCUAUACUCUCGUACUCAUGAGCUUCGAUCGUUAUCUGGCAGUCGUCCAUGCCAUUUCAUCAAUGCGUUUUCGUACUACAAAAAAUGCAGUCAUCUUUAUUGUUACUCUCUGGGUAGUAGUUGUGGGUAGCAAUGCCCCUUCUUGGAAUGACUUUAAUUUUGUGCCAUACAACCAUUCUGGAGAGAAUAGAAGUAUGUGUAUUCAUAUGGUUCUCUAUGAUAAAGGCAUGACAAUAAGGAUAAUAAAGAAACGUAUAUUUUACACUUGCUUUUGCGUAUUCGGAUUUUGCCUCCCUGUUCUGCUAAUCUGCGUUCUCUAUGGCUUAAUGCUCAGACGUCUCUUAUUCGGAGCCGUACCCGGAGGAAAUCAAAGUCGUGAGGCGUUACGUAGCAAACGGCGAGUAACGCGUAUGAUUAUUAUCGUUAUCGUCUGCUUCAUAUUCUGCUGGUUGCCUAUUCAGUUGGUUUUUACCACAAGGGCAUGGGAUGCCUUCCCAGAAAAUAUGGAAUGGCAUUUAGUUCAUGUCGCAGCCGCAAUCUUGGCCUAUGGUAAUUCCUGCAUUAAUCCCGUCCUUUAUGCCUUUUUGUCAGAAAACUUUCGAAAAAGCUUCCGACAAGUACUCAGCUGUGGAAGGCUCCGUUUAACUCGUAUGACGGAUUACGAAAGAACCAAUAUUAGAGGGAUGGAAGUUAGGCCCUCAGCUACAACGAACCUAUUAAGAAAUGGUGAAAGAGUACCUGUUGAAGAGGAAAAGCAAAAUUUAAAUGAGGAAGAGGAUUUAUAAAAGAAAGCGGCUGCGGACGACAAGAUAUUUUGUGGGUGUUUAGUUUUUCAGCAUUGCUUAAUGGAAGACAACCGGCAAGCCUCUUGCGGAAUAUAAAAGCACUUAUCUAAUAUUUAAGCCACCUUCUAAAUGUAUGUUUCAUACGAUAUAUCAUAUGUGCGUACUGCAUAUGAUUAGUCCUAUAUAUAUAUAUGAUAUAAAUUUAUAUUUAUCUUUAUAGCGAUAUAUAUCGUAUAUAAUAUACACUGUAUAUUUGCUUAUAUAAUCCAAUAUGCCAUCGGUCACAUGAUCUUUCUUCUCUCAUUAGUUAUCUUUUAGUUUUUUCAAAUGCUAUUUGCAAAAGAGCUUACUUUAUUAAAAGUGAUGAAAAGUUUGUUUGUUUUGAUAUUUGCAUAGUUUCAAUAACUUUUUAUCUAUAGAGUGAAAGUGUCAGAUACCUUCUUCAUGAAUGAUCGCGAGGCUGAAAAAGCGUCACUUACUAUAGGGGUGCCUGUUUUAAAAACAUAAAUGAAAAGUAAUACUAUUUAAAUAAUAAAAAAAGCCAUAAAAACGCAAUAUAUAGAAUGAAUAAAUUUCAUUAUUUAGUACCAUGGUAUAUAUAAAUCGUUUAAUCAGGGUUUUGAACUCUUUCCUGCGUAAUAUCAAUUGCCUUGACAAAUUGAGAUUCUUGCUUGAGGAUAGACAUUAGCUGUCUUGGCAAAUUAUUUCUCUCUUUUUCGAAAGAGAUCAAAAGUCUGAGUGUUGUAAAUAUGUCCAUAUUUUCUUUCUUUUUUUCCUAAAGGAGCAGCGCUUAAUAGACCUAUAUCUCGCAGAUUCUUUUCAUCCAGAAAAUGCUGUAUAGAUGUCUUACUAUGUUUUUAUGUAAAUAAAUGUUCAAGUAUAAAAACUAUAUGUAUAUCAAUUAUAUAGCAUUCUAUAAUCAUACUUCAUUGAAAUAAGUACUGUAUGUUUCUCAGUGAAAUCUUUAGGAUUCGUCACUAUUGUUUCCAUUUGUUUAUAUAUAUAUAUGUAUUUUAACAGUUUAUUUAUAUGUUUUCAUCAUUAAAUCAUUACUGCAUUCAUAAAAAUGCAUUCAUAUUUUCAUUAUUAAAUGCC